AUGAUUCCUUUGAUAUUGCUUACAAUAUGCAUAUUCUCUGAUCAAAAAUCGCUCCUAAACUCGCCAUCGCUGUCCUCUGGAGCAGUCGACGACAAAGCAGUACCAUCCGACUCACUCAAGAGGCCAGAUCUUGCCGGGUUUCAGGACCUGUCUCUGCUACCUCCUCAACCACGAACAUCUUUCCAUAUAGAUUUCACUCAACAGAAUGGUACAGAAAUCGUAGCGAAUAGACCGACAAUUUUCGAGGUCAUUCCUGCUGACCACAUAUGCGACUUUUGCACUGCUGUCAUCAAGAAGUUGAAGGAGCGCCAGCUUGCAGAACCAGAUUUCGAAAGUAAUAUGAGAGAAGAAUGCUGGAAACACAAUGGGACGGAAUGCGAUGAUGGGAAUGUGUGUGAACUUAUCAAUAAAGUAGCUCUUGAACGACUCCGUAAGAUGAACCAAUGA